AAGGAAGAAGAUCAACACAAUCGAGCAUUAUCCCACGCGUUAUAUACCCACCAGAUGUGAGCAUUUUGAGAAAUCCUUCUUUAUCGAAUUUUAAUGCCUCAUGCAAAAGGAAGAAGAUCAACUCACUCCAACAAGCGUUAUCCUAUGUUCCUCCACCCGCCAUAUAUCAACUGGAUGCAAGUAUUUCCAUGUUUGGCCGCCCACAAGAGUAA